GCUCGGUGUCUGUCUGUAAACAAAAGAUUUCGUCAGUGUUUUCUAGGAGCGCGAUACUGUCCCGUAUGUUUCUCAGGUCGCGCAACCUUUAGUUUUUUUUGUCUUUUGUUCACAAACAAACUAAUUUUAGGACACACUACAUUUUAAAACGUAUUUGAAAUUCUAAGGAACAGCGAUGUCAGCGCAAAAACUUAUAACUCAGGAAGAAAGUCUGCAUGACUCAUGGGUAGAGCUCCACUUUGAUUCAUGCAGUGAACAUAGUGAGGGCACAUCAGCCCUGUCUGAUAUCACAGACCUGGAAAAAAUGCUUCUGGAAGCACAACGAGAAUCAAGCAGUAGUUCACGGACAAGUUCUCACUGUAGCAGUCCUCGACGCGUCCAGACACCUCCACUCAUCAGUGCAGCCUCCUUCAACACACAUGCGAUUGCAGAGGGGGAAGUUGUAGCAGAAAGCAAACAGGAAGCUGAGGCUGUCGCAAGGAUCUGUGAUUGGUCCAGCCGACCAGAGAAUGUACCACCAGUAGCAUUUAUUAUUAAACAGCCAAAGCGGAACAGAAUGUGCUGCAAAAACAAAGACAAAAAUGACAAGGAAAUUAACACAAACUUGCUGAAGUUACUGCUACCCUCCCUAGUUUUGACACACAUUCUCAUGCUUGGGUUGGGGAUCUGUAUUGGACGACGCCUUUCCACUCAGUGCUCUGUUAUCUGAGUCAUAGCACAUGAGUGUAUGUGUGUGUGUGUGUAUUGUGUGUGAAUGCUGUGUGUCAGUGUCUCUAGAAAGAACCUGACAGCCUGGAACCCUUCAGUUUUCCUCCAGGAGAAAUGCAGGACUAUGUAAGAAGACACUGUGAAAAUAUGAUGAGAGAUGGAAACUCUCAGCAUUAUUUUUUCUCUGGUUCUCCUGUGGGGAAUUUGGCACAGAAUUAAAAAAUAUUAAUCCAGUUCUGUAUGGGUAUCAGAUUAGAUUAACCAGGAAAUAUGCCUAAUAAAUGUAAUCAUUUUUUGCUUGGAACUAAAAUGUUUGUUACAUUAAAUACUUGAGCUUGAAGAUUAUUUUACUGACCAGGUCACAUUAUAGUCCUUCAGCUGACCUGCUUUUUAAAAACAUUUUAAAUCAUUACUCUUGAAAAAUACAAAUGUAUGUUUGACACAAAUUUCAGAGGCAUAUAAAUACAUAAAUAAAUUCUUUCAUUUAUUCUAAUGUGACAUGCUAUGGAAAACUAAUAAACCCUGCUGCCAAAAUAGUGA